UGUGGGUUGGAUGAGAAUCUUUUGUUACAUCACACAAAACACAGGUGCCUGCGAAGGGAGGGGCAUGAUGACAGAUGUUGUGGUUCGGCUUUGAACAUCACCACAGAGAGUUCAAGAGACACUUUUCAGUCAGUCAGAGUGAACAUGCCUGAUAAGAACUGCAAUUUUUUGACUAUGGAAAUUGUUAUUUUAUUAAAUUUCCCACUCAUUUUGUUCAUCCACUCUUAUUAAAUAGAGAUUUAAUUCCAUAAAGGCACAGACUCACCACAUCUCCCAAGAUGGAUAAGUUUCGUGUGAUGUUCCAGUUCCUCCAAUCCAACCAGGAAUCUUUUAUGAAUGGAAUCUGUGGUAUCAUGGCACUAGCUAGUGCACAGUUAUACUCUGCCUUUGAAUUCAGCUGCCCCUGCAUGCCAGAAUACAACUACACCUAUGGGAUUGGACUGCUUAUUAUUCCACCUAUAUGGUUCUUUUUGUUAGGUUUUGUAUUGAACAAUAAUGUGUCAGUGCUCACAGAGGAGUGGAAAAGGCCCACAGGCAGACGAAUGAAGGAUCCUACAGUCCUUCGCUACAUGUUUUGUUCAAUCACACAGAGAUCCUUGAUAGCACCUGCAGUUUGGGUGUCUGUCACUCUCAUGGAUGGGAAAAGUUUCCUCUGCGCUUUCAGCACCAACUUGGAUAUUGAAAAGUUUGGGAAUUAUAGUCUUUUUAUGGGAAUGUCAGAAAUGGAGAAGAUAAGACUGCUGGCAAGGAUUCCAUGCAAAGACCUGUUUGAACAUAAGGAGAUUCGAGUGGCAGCAUCGCUAUACAUCAAGUGUAUAUCACAGGCAUGUGGGUGGGUGUUUUUGCUCAUGAUGACCUUAACAGCCUUCCUGAUUCGGGCUAUUCGACCAUGUUUUACCCAGGCUGCUUUCCUCAAGACCAAGUACUGGUCUCAUUACAUUGACAUUGAGCGCAAGAUGUUCGACGAGACCUGUAAGGAGCACGCCAAGAGCUUUGCCAAGGUUUGCAUCCAUCAGUACUUUGAGAACAUCAGCGGGGAGAUGCGCAGCUUCCACCACCAUCGCUCCUCCAAGGACGACAGUGACGAUGAAGAUGAAGACAAGAAGAGAAGCGAUGAAGACAAGCUUCUGGGUAUCAGGGCCCAGGAUGAUAUGAAUAAAGUUUUGUGGAACUGGCACACCUGUAAGCCACCUCUGGCUCUGAGAAAGGACCAAAUAGAUGGUGAAAACAAUGGCAGACUGAAUGGAGAAGCCAAUGGAGCACUAAAUGGGUUUGUAAAGGGACACACCCAUGAUGUGGAGAAAAAGGAAUGGGCAGUGUAUUACAGCAAGGUUUGAAGAGUUCAAAAAGAAAAAGAAAAGCUCUUAGCUUUCAGACAAUUACAUUGUUUCAGAGUUUCAGGAAUCACAACGUUAUUUAUAGAAUUUGUAAAAAUUCAGUUAGAAAUGCAACACUAUGGUCCAAUUUAGUCUGAAUUUUUAAAACUUCAAUGCAUUAUAUGUAUGGAUAUAAAAAUAAAUUCAGUGCAAUAUAUAGUUUGAGUGAUGGAGCAUAAUAUGCACAUAGUGGAAAAAAAAAUGUCUUUCUUGUUCACAUACAGUAUGUGUUUGUUGUGAUCAAAAGUUCACAGACUGAAACACACGUUGGAUCAAGUCCACUGUGUCAAAACGGUCCAUAAACAUGAAUUCAUUUUAGGGAAAAGGAAGAAGUAGCAGGGAGGGAAAUCCGUUGAGAAGGGCGGGUGGGGAGGGAGUACUGUGUCCGUGUGACAAAAACAUGCCCACUCCAUGGCGAGUAUGCUGUGUGUCAUCGUCAGUGAUGGAGCACCCGAUUGCCACUGAGCCACAGCUCAGGUCAUUUUCACCCAAUGUCCUGCCAAUGAUAAUUCAGAAUGGCGCAGCAGAACUCAGCGUUGACCGUCUGACUCUGAGGGACGAAUUCACAGUGCAUAACCCCAGGGAUGUCAAGGAAAAAGAUGGGCAUGGCGUGCCAUCUUUGGUCCUGAAGACUGCAGCUCUUCCUCUGCAAAGACUACUGUUUGGUCUUUGGGUCAUAGUCACUGCUUGUCAUCGGUGAAUCAUGGAUCUGCAAGCGGUCAGAAAAACACACAUAAUAGAGGUCCAGAUGUCGCUCACACAACAUAACACGGAAUACUGACUCAUGACAGUUGCUCCUACCUGUUGCAUGGCCCUUACCAUUCCACACACUGCUUGUUUGCAGCUAUAACAGCCUCUUGUAAGCUACUGAUUUUAACAUUUACCAUGAUCUUGUAAAUGCUCCUUGUGACCAUAGUGGUUCUUGUUCAGCUACAGUUACAUAGUGUCGCUCUAAUACCACAUUCAAACAUAAAUGGACUUAAGAUAAAUACUUUAUCUAUACUGCCCCAUGAAAUAAGGGUUCAUCAGAAUCCUGAAAAUAAUAUCAACUUGGCCAUUCAAAAAUGAUUUUUAUUUCCAUUAACACAGUGGUAAAAUCUUGGUUUAUUAUACCUUACAAACAUAUCUCUGGUCUUAAACCUCAUUGUGAACAGAUAACCCUACAAUGCCUCAGGGAAAGCCAUGAUUUAUGCAAAAAACAAAAGGUUUUGACUGUGGCACCCAAAGUAAUUUACAUGUCACUAAAAAACAAGGUCAAUAUUUGCAUCUCUCACUCACUCAGGGUCUAUAUCAGUUUUGCCAGUCACUUCCCAGUAAAGCCUUUUCUCACAGAAAUGUUGAGGAACUGUCUUUGAUUCAUGAAAAAGUCUUUCGAAUCGCUUUUGCAAGAAUUUCAUUACGGCUGAACACCUACAACCUGUCAACUUUUUAAUUUUUACUGUACAUCUUCAGGAAAAUAAAAUACAAUGGAAAUUUUCACCAUA